ACAUAGCUGGAUGAAGACAGAAAUCCGAAGCCAGACUAUAUUCACCGCAGAGGUCAAUGACCUCAUUCAGUCAACGUGGUUUAUCGCGCUUUCCCGUGAAAGUAUCACGUGACCGCAAUAGCUCCCUCUUUCUUGUCGGCCAUUUCACCCAAGACGUCAUCAUGGUGAAGACAAACACUACCGGUUACCGCCGCGGUACGCGGUACAUGUUCGCACGGGACUUCCGUAAGAAGGGUGUCGAGCCGCUGUCAACUUUCCUCCACGUCUACAAGAGAGGCGACUACGUGGACAUCAAGGGUUGUGGUGCCUUCCAGAAGGGCAUGCCACACAAGAGCUACCACGGCCGAACGGGGCAAAUCUUCAACGUCACGCAGCACGCUGUGGGAGUCAUUGUCAACAAGCAGAUCGGCAACCGCAUCAUCCCCAAGCGCAUCAACGUCCGCAUCCAGCACGUGCGGCCCUCCAAGUGCCGGGACGACUUCCUCAACCGCGUCAAGCGCAACGAUGAGCUGAGGAAAGAGGCCAAGGAGAAGGGCAUCACGCUGGAGAAGGGCUCCCUCAAGAGAAUGGCUGAGCAACCACGCACAGCCCACUUUGUGAAGACAAAGAACAACGAGCCACAGCUUGUAGAACCCAUCCCGUACAAGUUCAUUGCGUGAAGCACUUCUUAAAAUCCAUCGUAUUAAAGAAGGCGGUUCAAUUCAAUGGCUGUUUUGUAAAGUCUAAAACUGGAUGUUGUGAGGGUUAUAUGAUGUAAUAAAACUCGGAGGGUAAAAAGGUAGAAAAAA